GUCAUGCCGAGACGCGCGGCAGGCGCGCGGCGGGCGGUGCCGCGGUCAGACCGUGUCCGUCCGCCGCGGCCGCAGCACCACCCGCACAGCGCGUGUCGCUCCGCCCCGCAGCAAUGUCGCGACAGAGCCCGCAGGAGGAGAACCUGCAGGGGUCCUGGGUGGAACUGCACUUCAGCAGCAACGGGAAUGGCAGUGGGAGCUCUGCCUCCUCGGGGAGCCAGGAGCAAGUGCCAGCCUCCCUCUCCAUCCACAAUGGGGACAUGGAGAAGAUCCUGCUGGAUGCCCAGCACGAGUCAGGCAGGAGCAGCUCCAGGGAGAGCUCCCACUGUGACAGCCCUCCUCGUUCCCAGACCCCUCAGGACAGUCACAGAGCUCUGGAGAUAGAGAGUCACAGCAGUGGGGAAAAGAACAGCUUCCAGUCUGAGGAGGAUUUCCUGGAGAGGAGGAGGGAGGUGGAGCGGCUGCUGCGGCGGAACGCGGACUGGAUCUGGGACUGGUCCAGCCGGCCUGAGAACAUCCCCCCCAAGGAAUUCCUCUUCAAGCACCCCCGGCGCACAGCCACCCUCAGCAUGAGGAACACCAGUGUCAUGAAGAAGGGGGGGAUAUUCUCUGCAGAAUUCCUGAAGGUUUUCCUCCCAUCCCUGCUGCUUUCUCACCUGCUGGCCAUUGGACUGGGGAUUUACAUCGGGAGGCGCCUGACGACCACAGCUUCCAGCAGCUCGUUUUAGGGCACCCGGAAUCCUGGGAUGGGAGCGGAGCAGACUCACCUGGAGCGCAGGAGGUGCAGAGCCGGGAGGGGGGAGCUGGUCGUGGCACCGUCGUCGUGUGUGUCCUGUCCGUGUCCUGUUUUAGUUUAGUCUAACGAGUGAGAAGGGCUCCCGUGUCAUAUAGAGCCGCCUGGAUCAAUCCCUUCUGGAUCAAUCCCCUCAGCACGUGGCAGAUGCUGUAACGUCCCUUAGUGCUUUGUAGUGAAGUACCUGAGAAUUAGAGCUACUCAGUGUUUAAAUCAAUCCCAGCUUUAACCAGCCCUUGGGAGGGGUGAGUGUCCAUCCUGCCCCUCGUGCCUGUGGGUGGGAAUGUUGCCACUGCUCCUGCAGUCCUGACAGGGAGGGAUCAGCCCAAACAACGUGUGGCCUUAUGGACUGAUACGGGAAUUCCGAGGAGCUGUUCCCUGCCCUGGGGCAGCUUCUCCUCAGGUAGAUGUUGCUUAGUUCACUUUGGUGUGAGGUGUGAAGUGUUGAGACACAGAGGGAAGAGAUGAGCACGUGGGUAAAACUCCAUCAGUUUGUCCUAGUUCAGAGGUAGAGUUUGGAUUUAGUGCCUAAUAAAGAGCUGCUUUUGCCAGGACAUUUAUUUAACCCCAUCACUAGUUCCCAGCUGUACCUACCGCAGGCUGGCGCUUCACAGGCUUUAUCUGUCAAGUAGUAAAUCUGCACCCAACACCCCAGCCCUGGGCACAUGUUCCCAGGGUGGCUUCUCCUUGGUUUUUACUGAUGCAAUGCCUUUUCCUUCAGUGAUUUUACCUUAUUUAAUGAGAAAAUGAAUGUUUGCCAAAAUACCAUGUUUUAUAUAUUUAAAUAAAAAGGUUCCUGGUGAA